AUGGUGGCCAAUUCCCGUUCGUGGCAACCGCGUCGUGGAAAUGGCCAGCCUGUGAACGAUGCCCCCGAGGCCGGGGUGGACCUUGAUGUGCAGCCGACUCGGGCUGCGACACAGAAUGAGCCCAAUGGUGGCGAGGCUCGGGGAGAGACGGUGCCCGAGACCCCGCCGCAAGAUCCGCUGGAAGGAGAUGGGGACCCUUGGCGAGAUGCAGCUGCGAGUGCCCCCUGGCAGGAACGAGCUUGGAAUGACGACUGGCCCCGUGGAGCGGCCUCCUUCGACGCCUGGGGCCGCUAUGAUGAUGUCUGGCGUGACGCCGGAUGGUCGCAGGGGAGCUGGGACAGCAGAGGCUCAUGGCCGGCCAGUGGCAUCCUGAACAGCCGGCAGCUCAGGGACUUCCACACAGCGGACGUGCCCAAGAUGGGCGCCUUCGGGGACUACACGUCCUUCGGGGGAGAGGUGCCGACUCGGCGCCAGAGCUGGGCCACGCACAGCCUCAGGGACGCCCAGUGGGAAGACAAGUGGCCCGCAGAUGGAACUUCCUGGGAUGGCGGUGCUUCCUGGGGAAAGGACCGCCCUACGGAGAAGCUGGCCGUGCCCGAGUUCGAGGGCACAGGGGCGGACGAGACCGAGGUCGGCAAGAGCGCGCGGAGCUACAUCCGCAAGGUGCAGGUGUGGCUGCGCUGCACCAGGCUCCCUCCGGAGCAGCGGGCACUGGCUUUGUACAACGCCUUGACCGGCCGGGCCUGGAUCUAUGCCGAGGAGCUCAACAUGGACGUGCUGGCGUCGCACCACGGGGUGGCCUACUACCUAGAGUGGGUGCAGACGAGAUUCGCCGAGGUCGAGCUGCAUAAGAUUUCGCAGGUAAUGGGGGAUCUCUUCAAGCGCUGCCGACGCAAAGCUGAGCAGCCCAUGCGGGACUUUAUUGUCGAAUUUGAAAGGCUGCUCCUCCGCCUGCAGGAGAUCCAAUGCGAGCUUCCGGGCCAAGUCAAGGCGUGGUUGUUCUUGGACAAACUGAAGUUGACCGAGAGCGAAGAGCUGGCCCUGCUGUCCAGCGUGGGCAACGAGUGGUGCGUGAAGAAGCUACAGCAAGCCGCCUUGCUGCAGGAGAAGACGUUGCGCCGAACGGCUGGAGGUGAGACCAAAGGCGGCUGGCGGAACGGAGGCCACGGCCGGUGGAGCAAGAACACCGAGUCCGAGACGGAGCUGGUGCCGGAGGACGUCGCAGCAGACCACCACACGGCGUUCGUGGCGUACCAGGCCGCAAAGGACCGCUACCGAGCAGCUACGCAGGGCCGGGGAACGGAUCCGUCAGAGGUCAAACGCCGCGCGGAGGAACGCUUGAAGUUGGCCAAAAGCCGGUCCUUUUGCUCGGUCUGCAAGCGGAAAGGGCACUGGCACAAAGACGAUGUGUGCCCUAUGAAGGGCAAGGGGCCGCCGCCUCCGGCGGCAUCGGCACCAAAGACGGCCCACGAGUGCCAUGCGGUCACUGUCGUCUACAUGGCCGCGUCCCUGACCGAAGCCCCCGGCGAGAUCGGGCACACGACCCCUGAGGAGCACGGCCCGGCGAUUCAGGACUUUGCCUUCCCGGCCCCUCUCGGCACCGAGUUCGGCAGUGCGACCCGGGACUUUGAGAACCAGCCGGCCGAGGGCACCCACCGGAUCGAGCCCAACAGUGCGACCCGGGACUUUGAGAACCAGCCGGCCGAGGGCACCCACUUGACCGAGCCCGACAGUGCGACCCGGGAUUUUGAGAACCAGGCGGCCGAGGGCUUCCACCCGAUCGAGCUCGGCAGUGCGACCCGGGAUUUUGAGAACCAGCUGGACGGCGAGCACGGCACGCCCCGGGUCACCGGCACCGUUUCUGUGUACAUGGCGGGCGGCGACACAUCUGGAAGGGCUGAGGCAACGAGCGGCCCACUCCUUGCGAUCCUCGACACGGCCUGCUCGAAGACCGUCGCCGGCCACGACUGGUUCGAAGACUACUGCAAGAUGGCCGACCGGGUCGGGUUCACGCCGGAGAUCCUUGAGGAGGUGGACUUUUUCCGCUUCGGUGCCAGCCGCACGCACAAGUCGACUUUUGCACUUCGUGCUUGGUUUUCCCUGGCUGGGCGGAUGUUUCAAACCUCGGUCGCCAUUGUGCCUUGCCAGGUGCCGCUCCUGCUCAGCAGGGUGACGCUGGGAGAGCUCGGUCUUGUCUACGACCUUGCUAACCAGCGCGUAUCGUUUUCGAAGUUGGGUUUGGAAGCGCUGCCCCUCGAGUACAGUUUGUCGGGGCAUCCAGCCAUCCCGAUUGACCAGUUUUUGGGGAACAAACCUCCCGACGGCGACGGCCGGCGUGACCUACUCGUGUGGAUGCCGGAGCAAGCAUAUAUGGCGCAUGGGGGUUUGCCGGGGAAUGUGGCAGGGAAGGCUCAGGGCUUCAAGUCGGUGUUCUUCCCGAAGAAGGUAGCCCCCGAGGUUCGCGCCAUGCUAGAGGGCACCUGGGUUUCAAACGGUGAGGGCUUUAUGGCAUGGUGGCGCCAAGCGGACCAAUCUAGGGACUUUUGGGUCGAGACCUCCACCGAGUUGAUCCGCGUGCACGUGACCCCCCGUAAGCACCUGUUCGUGCCCUCCCGUUGGUCGACUCAGUAUAGUGACCUCAAGCAAGAACUGAUGCAGACCCUGGGCGCCACUAGGACCACAGACUUUUUGCCUUGCCUUUGUGACGGAGCAGUGUUGCAGCAUCGCACAGAUCAGUGGAAGAGUGCGCUCAGCCUGCCCGUGCUCCUUUGCUCGCCCCCGCCGCGGUCGAUGGCAGCGCCCCUGCCCUCGGUAUGGAAGAUGCGAAAGGCCGACAUCCUGGUGGAGCUGAGGUCCUACGGGGUGGCCUGCCACGACAGCUGGCUGCUACCGGAAGUGCGGAACAUCCUGCAGGAGCAGCGGAAGGCCCGAGCUCCGCCGGCCGAGGUCGACAACAUGAAGGGGAUCAGCAAGCUGUCGGUCGGGGAGCUGAUCACACGAUGCCAGGAGAACGGCAUCACUCUGCCCACGAAGCCCACACGGGGAGCCCUGAUAGCUCUCCUUCGCUCCUCGACGCAGGCACCCGGGAGCAGGGUCCUCACCUUCGGGAAGUUCAAAGGUUGGAUGUACCAAGAGGUUCCGCCGGGAUAUUGCCAGUGGGCCCGGGAAGAGGUCGCGGCCAACCCGAAUCACAGCCCGGAUCUGGCUGCUUUCGCGUCCUGGGUGGCGGGCGAGGAGCUGAAGGUCCGGGAGAAGGCCGGGGCAGCAGCGACCAAGGAGAUCGACAAGCUGGCCGACGACCCGGAGGCGAACCCGAAGGUGCCCGUCCCGACCGUGAAGGCGCUGACGCGGGGCUACGGAGCAAGCUCGGACGGCUCUUCCGGUUCCUGGGCCAAGGUCAGGGGGGCAGCCCCGAAGCGGGCAGUGAUACGGCGCCGACGGGAGAGCGAGGAGAGCAGCGAGGAGCUGGAGACGGAGAUCUCGGAAGAGGCCAGGCGGGAGAUCGAGGAGGCCGAGGCCAAGCUGGCGGCGGUGAAGCAGAAGCACAAGGUUGGCAAUGGCUCCGCCGAACAAGGUGGGCCCCCUCCGGCCGCUUAUGAGCCCGGUGUGGCGCACAAUUUUGAUCCUGAUGGACCCGCCGGCGAGCCGGUCUAUAUCACUGAGGCCUUCGAGGCAGAGACGGCCGACGAGGUUGAGGAGCCGAGCUUUGUGGAGAAGGCCGGCGAGUCCGAGGGCGAGAACCUCUCGAGGGAAGAGAUCAUGCGUCGGGCCCGUGCUGGGCAGCGCCGGCGCAGGACAGCAGCCCAUGGGACUGGGAAGCGCAUGAGAGAAGGGCUGCGUAAGGUGCUGAACGCAAUGGUGUGUUACUGUACGGUGGCUUCCGCCCAAUCGGCUGAGGUGUUGGCCGGACCAGCUCGUGACCUGUGGCAGGUGUUCCAGAGCCGGCACGCCACCCCGGACGACCGUGCCGACCUUCUCGAGAUCUUCGCCGGGAAAGCUCUGGUCUCGCAGGCUGUGGCCCGGGCUCGCGGUGCCGCCUUGGAGCCCUUGGACCUGCGCUACGGCCACGACCUCCACGACCCAACGGUGCAGCAGGAGAUCUUCGAGCGAAUCGCCUUAGAGCAGCCUGGGUUGAUCUGGGUGACCCCGCCGGCGACCAUCCGGGCCACCACCGGAGACCACAGCAACCAGGCAGCACAGCAUCGACGACGCGCCCGGGCACAAGACGAAGCGACCGCCGGGUUCUUGGACAAGUUGGUCAAACAGCAGAUUGCUGCCCACCGCCACGUGGCUGUGCUAAACCCUCGUGCUUCUGAGCUUUGGCGCCACCCUACCGUCGAGGCUUGGAAGGACAACUUCGACCUCGAGUUUGCCGAGGUGGACCUGUUGGGGGCGACCACCGCCGGGGGAAAGCGCCAGCUCUCGGUACUGACCUCGUGCCGAUCCCUCUGUCAGGCGAUUGCUCCCGAGAGGGUAGCGCUAGGCGACCACGGCCCCGGCGUCGCCCCGCACGCCUUCGCAAAGAUUGUGGCCCGCGUGGCAGUCGAGCUGAGAAGCUCCCGGGCACAAGAGGUGCUGGCAGCCGAGGGCGGCCAGGGUUCGAGUUCGGCGGCUCCCGACGGCGAGGACAAGGCCCCUGAGGAGCCCAUCGGUGCCAACAGCAUCUCCUUCAAGGGCAAGGUCAACCCGGCAGUGGCGCAGAUCCUCAAGAGGCUCCAUCAAAACCUGGGGCACCCCCCAAACCGAGAGUUGAUUCGGCACCUUCGUGUGGGAGGGGCCAGCCCGGCCCUGGUACAAGCCGCUGAGCAGUUGGUUUGCAGGACCUGCGACCGCAGCACCAAGGCCAAGCUUCCCAGAAUCGCCAAGCCGGUGAUGGCGCUCGACUUCGGCGAGGUGUUGGCUAUCGACGUGAUUUGGCUGGAGGCUGCAGACAGUGAAGGUGCCGACAUCCCUGCCCUUAAUAUGGUGGACGUGGCCUCGACCUACCAGGUGGUCUACCCUAUGGACGGCACCAAGUCGGAGGAUGCCGUGCGUGCAUUCCUUGGGGGCUGGGUCAGCUGGGCCGGGGCACCUCGCUUCCUCAUCGCCGACCUCGACUCCGCCUUCAAGGACCAGUUCCUCGACUACCUGAACACCCAGGCGAUCCACAUACGCUGUGCCGCGGGCCAGGCUCAUUGGCAGAAUUCGGUGGCAGAGCGCCAAGGAGAGAGCUGGAAGGCCGUGUGGAAGAAGCACGUGGAGGCCAACGUCAUCCUGAAGGACGAAGCCGCCGAGACCAUGGCGGCGAUCAACUCCGCCAAGAACGGCCUCAGGAACCGAUCGGGCUACUCUCCUCGACAAUGGGUGUUCGGGUCGAACGAGCGCCUCCCGGGGGACCCUUUCGAUGCACCGGAGGAGGACAGCGUCCGCGACCUGGCCACGAUCGACAGCAAGUUCGCCCGCAAGCAGGCCAUACGACUCGGGGCCCGAGCCGCCUUUUGUGAAGUACAGGCAGCCGACACUUUGAGACGGGCGGCGGCCCACAAACCGAGGGUCGAAGGUCUGCCCCUGGAGCCCGGGUCGCUUGUGUACGUGUAUCGCAACGUGCGGCCCGGGAAGGGAAAGAAGCCAGCACCGACUUGGCUUGGGCCCGCCACGGUGCUCGGGCGCGAAGGGUCGAACUACUGGACCUCCCGCGGUGGUCGUUGCAUGUUGGUGGCCGCGGAACAUGUCCGGGAAGCCCACCACGAAGAGGUGAACGAGUUCCUCAGGCUCAAGAUCGCAAUGAAGGAGAUCGAGGACUACAUCCGCCGCGACACGGAGCCAUCGGAGGACCCCAUCGGCACGGACGCCUGGGAUGACGCAGGAGCUCCGGGACCCGGGCAGGGCGGCACGGGCGACAUAGAGAUGGACGCGCCCCCAGAGCCAGAUCCCAGAAUCGAGGCCGCCGCCGAGCAAGAGGAUCGCAUUGCACGGGCCAACCGCCGGAGGACGAUGCUUGACGACGUCCCGGCCAACUUCAAGAAGCCUAAGACUGCACUCAUGGCGGCCCACCGGAAGUCAGAGAAGGGCAAGGCCAAGCAGCUGGAAAAGGAGCUGCCUUGGGGCCAGAUCCCUCCGGACGAGAGGGGCCUCUAUGUGGAAGCCGAGCUGAAACAAUGGCGCGAGCACGUGGACUUUGGCGCGGUCCGCCCCCUCAGCUUGGAGGAGAGCCGCCGUGUGGAAGCCGAAGUGGACCCGUCCCGGAUCCUCAACGCCCGGUUCGCCUAUAAGGACAAGAACCACGCCAAGCGCAAGCAGGACAGCUCGCUUCCUCCUCGCCCUAAGGCCCGGCUUUGUGUUGCUGGCCACAGAGAUCCCGACCUAGGCGUCCUCGACAUGGCGACGGAGGCCCCCACGGCAAACAGGCACAGCGUGUUGCUGGCUCUUCAGCUGGGGCUUGCUCGCGAGUGGCGCGUCUCCGUGGGAGAUGUGCGAGCAGCUUUCCUCAAUGGGGUCCCGGCCCCGCGCCGCCUCUUCUUUCGCCAGCCGGUUCGGGGGAUACCUUCUUUGGAGAAGGGGCAGCUGGUCGAGAUCGUGAAGGGGGUGUUCGGUUUGGCAACGAGCCCCAAGCUGUGGUGGCUUAAGCUUUCGGGCGACCUUAAGGAGUUCAAGGUGGACGGCCCCGACGAGGAGAUCUUCAUAAAGCAGAACCCCAUCGACCCGUGCGUGUUCAUGCUCAUGGGCAGCAAGAGCAAGAAGGUCCGAGGACUGCUCCUGACCCACGUCGACGACCUGCUGCUGCUAACAGAGGAACAGCUACGGCUUCCGGUGCAGGGCAAGCUGAAGGAGAUGUUCCCCGUCGACGACUGGGAGGACGACACCUUCGACUACGUCGGCUGCGAGUACCACUGCACCCCGGAGGCGGUGUCCAUCAAGCAGGUGUCCUACUGCCAGAGCCGUGUGGACAAAGUGUCCCUAGAAGGCGGUGCCGCCGACGAUAUGGAGGCGACCCCGCUGCAGGUGGAAGAAAACCGGACGGCGAUUGGGAGUGUGUCCUGGCUUGCCAAGAUGACGCGGCCCGACCUUCAGUUUCAGGUGUCGCAAGCUCAGAAGCGCCAGAACAAGCCCACCGUCAAGGACCUCAAGGACACCAACAAGCUGGUGGACGCGGCCCUGGCUAACAGCGAAAGGGGACUGCUACUUAAAAGGGUGGCCGAGGAGAAUCUGACCCUCCUGGCCUUCCACGACGCAGCCUGGGGAAACGUCCAUGGCGAGAACGGGGAGGCUCAUGAUGAACAAUGGCUGGGCGAACACACGCUGUCCUCCCAGCUGGCUUCCCUGGUGUUGGUGUGCGACCGGCACUGCCUAGAAGGGCGUGAGGCUCCCUUCGGAGUCGUUGAGUGGAAGAGCAAGGCCAGCCAACGGGUUUGCAGGUCCACGUUCGCCGGGGAGACCAUGGCUUGCAGCGACGCCCUGGAGGCAGCGGUGUUUCUGCGAGGGCUGUUGGUCAGCAUGAUGCUGGGCCAGCAGGUGCCCGAGGACUCGUGCGGGGAGCACCUCGAGAUCCACAUGGUGACAGACUGCAAGAGCCUCUACGAUCACAUCCAGCGCGAGGGCACCCCGAAGGCACCGACAGAGAAGCGCCUGGCCCUCGACUUGGCCAGCAUCCGACAGCUCUUGAUCACAGAGGCCAAGCACCAGUGGGUCCGAAGAUAUGGGUGCGCCUGUGAUCCUUCCCCGGAGCGCCCUGUGCGACCUCCACUACACUGGGCGCCCACGACGGAGCAGUUGGCAGACGUGCUCACCAAGCGGAUGCGGCCUGAUCUGUUUUGGGCUACUCUGGACCGAGGAGUGCUGGCUCUGCCUUUUCGUGCACAGUCGGGCAGGUCUGGAGCGCCAAGGCUUUCAAAGCCGCUUCCAGAUGAAAAGGAUCUGGAAGACUUUUGA